AUGGUAUGCCGCUGGGUUGCGAGCUAUAUUGACCCCGGCGCCCGCCUCGGGGCCCUCCUCGCCCUCGCCCGACUGCGCUGUCGCUCAUCACGUGACACGCGCCUCCACUGCUCCCACUCACUCGCCCGUCCGUUUCUCGCGCUCGCCCGCUACUCGACCACCCGCCUCGUGCCUCUCGUUCCUGGCCCCGCCUCUUCCGGUUCCGCUCUCAUUUCGCCACUCACGCCUUUUUUUUUUUCACUAUGGGUUUGCCCGCCCUCUUCAUUUUUUUCGCCCUCUGCUAGAUUGGCCAACCAGCACUGCCGUUAUAGAAACCGAAGCUGUCACCAAGACAAAGUGUCAAAAUCAAGAUCAAGCGCAGGAAAUCAACUGGUGGGUGCAUUGCAUGCGAUUGUGUUACUCGAUCAUCAUACCGAAAAAAGCCUCUAUCAGCUUCCGCUGAGUGAUACACGGGAAAUUUUUUAA